AUGGCGCCUCUUGUAAAAGUACUUAGGCUUGUUGAUGGUGAGAAAAAACGAGCUAUGGGCUAUAUGUAUGAAGCUAUGGAUAAGGCAAAGGAGGUUAUUAUGAAGUCUUUCAAUAACAAUGAGACCAAAUAUAAAGCUGUGUUUGAUAUUGUUGAUAGAAGAUGGGAUGUUCAGCUUCAUCACCCUUUACAUGUUGCUGGUCAUUUUUUGAAUCUGGAGAUGUUUUAUGACAACCCUCAAAUGGAAUUUGAUAGAGAACUGUUUGGGAUUGAGCUUGCUAUAACAAUGAGGAAAAAGGUUUCACUGGCUCAAUGGUGGAGACUUUAUGGUUCAUCAACUCCCAAUUUGCAACAACUAGCCAUAAAGAUAUCGAGCUUGACUUGUAGUUCAUCCGGUUGUGCACGUAAUUGGAACGUCUUUGAGCAAAGGAGGAAUAGGCUUGAGAAUAAAAAAUUACAUGACCUGGUCUAUGUUAAGUAUAUUCAAGCACUCAUGCGAAGAUACAACCUUAAGGAUGAAAUUGAUCCCAUUAGCCUUAAUGAUAUUGAUGAAUGGGUUGGAGAGCCUCUAAUGUAUACUAGGCAUAACAAAAGGAAGCAACCUCCAAGUGGGGAAGGAGCAUCAUCUCAAAAAGUUUCUAAAAAAGGCAAAGGAGUGUCUUCUUCAACUAGGAAAGGAAAAGGAAAAGUGGCUAAAGUUGUUGAAGGAGAUUCAGAAGAUAUUAGUGAGGAAUUAGAGGAAGAAUUGCCAAAUAUUAACUUCGACAAUUCUGAAGGUGAAGAAGUUGAAGGCUAUGCCCCUUUGGCAUUCAAUGAAAAGAAUGAUUACAUUGAGGAAGAGGAGGAGAAUGAUGAUGAGGAGGAGGAUGAUUAG